GAUCAACAGCAUGUACAAUUUUCCCUACAGCCGCCCCCGAGCCUGGAACCCACUCACCAUCACGUCGCCAGCAUCCACCCGAAAUGGCCGCGGCCCUCCGCUGCUCACACGCGCCUUCGAGCGCAAACAUAUUUGUCCUGCUCGCGCGUCGCACGAACCCGACGUCGAACCUCCCGGCUCCGAUUCUCUCGGUACUCGUUCCGAGGUGGAGGUCCAUGACCACCGCCACCCGAGGCUUCAGCACCGGCCGCAAAUGCUGUUCCGAGACUUUUGCCCGGAGAAAUUUGCCGCAGAAAUAUGACCGGAGGACCUUGCAACAACAGACGCGCGCUUUCACGGCUUCCGCGGCACGGAGGCAAACGAGGUGCGCAUGGAACCCGAAGAAAGAUGAGGAUGGGCAGGAGAUGAAGCUCGAGAUCACAGAUAGGGCAGGAAAGCGUCUGUCAGAAAUCAUGAAGAAGGACAACAACCCCAACCUGGCGCUGAGGAUACAAGUCGAGAGUGGCGGCUGCCACGGCUUCCAGUACCUUAUGAGCUUGGUGACGCUGCCCGAAGGCGGCGAGGCCGGAGAGGAAUGGUCCAAGGUAGUGGGGGAAGACGACACCAUCUUCCAGUAUUUGCCCGACAACGCCUCCGCCUCCAGUAUCUCAUUUGAAGGCCCAAAGGUGGUGAUUGACGAGCCGUCGUUGGAGCUGUUGAAGGGCAGCAAAGUGGAUUUUACGAUGGAACUCAUUGGUUCCCAGUUCAAGAUCACGGAUAAUCCGUAUGCUUCGAGCAGCUGUGGAUGCGGGACCAGCUUCGAUAUUAAGGUUUGAGAAUGGAUCAGCGCUCGAGUGCUGAUGUACAUGGAAUGAGUAACUGCGCCGAGGAACGUCCCUUCUCAAUCAGGGGGUGUUCAGCACAAGAGCAGAGUUACUUGGCACUUUAGGGUACUGGGUCUUCACGGAUACAUUUCACGAUGUACACAUACACAUACAACUCUCAGACGAGGCUUGCAUUGCUACUCAUAGAACAUUGGGGAUGAGAAACCUGGA